AUGAGUGCUGGCGUGGCAACAGGCAAUGCUGCCGAUGGGAUGAGACAGGGCGAAUUCUCCGCCAUGGAAUGUGUGCCCCAUGAGAAGGGGGAUGAGUUGCCACCACCCAGUAAUGAUAAAGGGCAGAACAGUGGGCUGAUUGAGACGAGCGGAGACUGCGGCAUCCCUACGAACACGAGUGUA